CGCUCAGACUGGGCGGGCGCUCGGGCUGCGCGGGCUCUCGGCGGCAGCGGCAGCAGCAGCAGCAGCAUCCUCUCUGCCUUUUCUUCCCUUCCGCUUCUUUCUUUUCCUUCUCCUCCUUUCCCCCUUCUUCCCCUGCCCCGUCCCCCCCUCAACUUCUCCAGAGGGCCAGAGCCCUCCAAGUCCGUGAGCAGUGGCAGCCGCGACCGUGGGUCCGUUCUGUUACUGCGCCCAGAUUUUAUUGUUCUGAUAUCAUCAACCUAUCUUCUGACUGCUGGCUAGAAUUAAGAUUCUUCAGCUUGUUGUCUCUAACGGAGGAAGCAUUGAUUGAGAACUACUCAUUCAGAAAAUUAAAAGAAAGAAGCCAGAACAUAUUAUCAACCUUUUGAGGACACAACAUAACAAACUUGACUAUCUUACCACUUUCUUGAAUAGGAGAAAUUACAGGGCUUUGAAGAAUGGCAGACGAACGGAAAGACGAAGCCAAGGCGUCGCACUGGACCUCGGCUCAGCUCACAGAAGCUUCUGCACAUCCACAUCCACCUGAGAUGAAGGACCAAGGCGGGGCAGGGGAAGGACUUGUCCGAAGCGCCAAUGGAUUCCCAUACAGAGAGGAUGAAGAGGGCACCUUUGGAGAGCAUGGGUCACAGGGCACCUACUCAGAUACCAAAGAGAAUGGGAUCAAUGGAGAGCUGACCUCAGCUGACAGAGAAACAGCAGAGGAGGUGUCUGCAAGAAUAGUUCAAGUAGUCACCGCCGAGGCUGUAGCAGUCCUGAAAGGCGAGCAAGAGAAAGAAGCUCAGCAUAAAGAUCAGCCUGCACCUCUGCCUUUAGCAGCUGAAGAGACAGCUCAUCUGCCCCCUUCUCCGCCCCCAUCGCCAGCCUCAGAGCAGACAGUCACAGUGGAGGAAGAAGAAGAAACACUAGAGGGUCCCAUGCCUGAGGAAGAGAAACCUGCUGCUCUUCCUGGGAAAGUGUGUGGGGCUGCUAAGUCCUCAGACCAACCCCAGGGCCUCAGUGAGGGCCAAGUGGAGUCUAGUGCGGAGGCCCAGAUAGUUCCCGAAGAGAGUGCCCUGACAGGGGCUCUGCAUGAGGAAAGUGUAAAAGAGGCCAAGGAGGUGUCUCCAGAAGUAAAAACCCCUUCCUCUGCCCAGGAAGAUUUACUUACAGCCUCGAAGAUGGAGUUUCCCGAUCAACAGGCAUUGACUCCCUCUACAGCUGAACCUUCAGACCAAAAGGAAAAGGAGUCAAAGACACAAAGUAAGCCUGGUGAAGACCUUAAACAUGCUGCCUUAGUUCCUCAGCCGGAGACAACUGAAAUUUCCUCUGAGAUAAAGGACAUGCAAAGAACAGAAGGAGAUGAGGUACCUCCUGCUCUGUUUGGGCACCCUCUUGGUGACAGCCUCGAAGACAUAAAACAGAAGACAGAACCAAGCCUAGUAGUGCCCGGCAUUGGCCUCUCUGCAGAGCCUCCAGCUCCAAAAGAGCAAAAAGACUGGUUCAUUGAAAUGCCAAUGGAAACAAAAAAGGAUGAGUGGGGUUUAGCUGCUCCAAUAUCUCCUGGCCCUCUGACACCCAUGAGAGAGAAAGAUGUACUCGAAGAUAUCCCAAGAUGGGAGGGGAAGCAGUUUGAUUCUCCCAUGCCAAGUCCUUUCCAAGCAGGAAGUUUCACUCUUCCUGUAGAUGUCAUGAAGAAUGAAAUAGUAACAGAAGCAACACCCUUUGCCCCUGUCCUCUUACAACCAGAUGACAAAAAGUCUCUACAAGAAACCAGUGGCCCAGCUACUGCCAAAGAUAGUUCUGAUGUUGAAGAGCCACAAAAAGAUAAACCUGACAAAAUGGCAGAAACACCAGCCUCAGAAGCAAUCCCCUCCUCACCCAGAGAUGCUCACUUUCCAGUUGUGGAAGAAUCUGUCAUAGAGAAAAUUUUCGGGGAAGAGGGGGAGGGCAUAAAACAAGAGAAAAAGGAGACUUUCACCACCUUUGGACAGGAACCUACACUUUUUGAAAAGGAACCUCAGCCAAAGCAUGAAGAUAAAACUAUCGUUUCUGACAAAGAGGCUGCACCAAAAGAGAUUGAACCCUUAAAAUCAAGAGAUGAAGAAACAGGUGUAACUCAGACCUCCACAGAGUACACUUUCUCAAAAGAAGAACAGAAAGACCAGGAGCAUACCAUAAGUGUGCUGAAAGACGACUCCUUCCCUGCAGUUACCGAUUCCACCAUGACCUCUAAGACCUUGGAAAAAGUCAUGCCAGAACCAGCUGCACUGAGUGAGAAGAGUGCAGCCCAGGAACUUUUUGAAGAGAAAGUUGCUGACAAAGACCAUAAGAUUGAAGGAGUCGAGGCUGCGACAUCAGCUGAGGUUGGCAUGCCAUUUUAUGAAGAUAAGUCAGGAAUGUCCAAGUACUUUGAAACCUCUGCCUUGAAAGAGGAAGCGACAAAAAGCAUUCAGCUGGGUAGCGAUUAUUACGAACUAAGUGACACAAGAGAAAGUGCCCGUGAGUCUAUUGAUACAGUGUCUCCCAAGCAUCAAAAUGGUGACAAGGAAUUUCAAGCAGAAAAAGAAUCCCAGCCCAGUGCUCCAGCACAAGAAGCCGGGUACAGCACUCUUGCCCAGAGUUAUCCGCCCGAAGUACCUGAAGAACCCAGUUCUCCCCAAGAAAGAAUGUUCACUAUUGAUCCAAAAGUAUAUGGAGAGAAACGGGACCUCCACAGCAAGAAUAAGGAUGAUCUGACUCUUAGUAGAAGUUUAGGACUUGGUGGUAGGUCUGCAAUAGAACAAAGAAGCAUGUCGAUCAACUUGCCGAUGUCUUGCCUGGAUUCCAUAGCACUUGGAUUUAACUUUGGUCGGGGUCAUGAUCUUUCUCCUCUGGCUUCUGAUAUUCUGACCAACACAAGCGGAAGCAUGGAUGAAGGAGAUGAUUAUCUUCCAGCUACCACACCUGCAAUGGAGAAAGCCCCUUCCUUCCCAAUAGAAAGCAAAGAUGAAGAAGAAAAAAUACAAGAUGAGAAAACUACUGGAGAGGAAACUACUCAAGUUGAGACCACCUGUGAGUCCCCUUUCCUAGCCAAAGAUUAUUACAAAAAUGGUACUGUCAUGGCCCCUGACCUACCUGAAAUGCUAGAUCUGGCAGGCACAAGGUCAAGAUUAGCUUCUGUGAGUGCAGAUGCUGAGGUGGCCAGGAGGAAAUCAGUUCCAUCUGAGACUGUGGUGGAGGAGAGCAGUACUGGCUUGCCAUCCGUAACUGAUGAAAACCAUGUCGUUGUGAAAACAGACAGUCAGCUCGAAGACCUGGGCUACUGUGUGUUCAACAAAUACACAGUCCCACUCCCAUCACCUGUCCAAGACAGUGAGAAUUUGUCAGGAGAGAGCGGUUCUUUUUAUGAAGGAACUGAUGAUAAAGUUCGAAGAGAUUUGGCCACAGACCUUUCAUUGAUCGAAGUAAAACUGGCAGCUGCCGGAAGAGUCAAAGAUGAGUUCAGUGCUGAGAAGGAAGCAUCCCCUCCUACCUCUGGUGACAAGGCAGGACUGGGUCGAGAGUUUGAUCAGGAGAGGAAAGCUAAUGAUAAGCUGGAUACAGUAUUAGAAAAGGGUGAAGAACAUGCCGAUUUAAAAGAACAUGCAAAGGAGACAGAAGAGGCUGGUGGUAAAGUGGAGACAUUUGGAUUAGGGCUAACCCAUGAACAAGCUUCUGCCCAAGAACUGCCAAUAUCAAAAGAGGUAUCAUCAGAGAAAGAGGAGAAAGGUCUUAGUACAGUGCCAGAGGUAGCUGAGGUAGAAUCAUCCAAAAAGGCUGAACAAGGACCUGAAUUCACUGCGAAGAAAGCUGACCAGGGCCAAUUCGAUAUUAAAGUCAGUGACUUUGGACAAAUGGCUUCAGGGCUGAAUGUUGAUGAUGGAAAGACCACAGAACUUCAAUUGGAGGCUGCACAGGAGCUGGUGCCUUCAUCCAAAGUGCCACAAGAGGCAGAUGCAUUCCUGGGUAUUGAGGCUGGCCAUGUGAAAGAAGUUGCCAAAGUUAAUGAAACAGAAGUCAAAGAGAAGGUGGCCAAGCCUGACUUGGUGCACCAGGAAGCUGUAGACAAAGAGGAAUCCUAUGAAUCUAGCGGGGAGCAUGAAAGCCUUACCAUGGAGUCCUUGAAACCCGAUGAGGGCAAAAAGGAAACAUCUCCAGAAUCAUCUCUAAUUCAAGAUGAAGUCGCCAUCAAAUUGUCAGUGGAAAUACCCUGCCCCCCUGCUGUCUCAGAGGCUGACUUAGCCACAGAGGAGAAAGCUGAGGUCCAGAUGGAAUUUAUUCAGCUGCCAAAGGAGGACAGCAAAGAGACCCCUGAUAUAUCAGUCACGCCCUCCGAUGUUGCCGAACCCCUGCUUGAAGCCGCUGUUGUGUCUGAACCAGCAGAGGCUGAGGAAGAAGAAAUAGAAGCCCGGGGCGAAUAUGAUAAGCUGCUCUUCCGCUCAGACACCCUCCAGAUCACCGACCUGGGCAUCCCAGGUGUCAGGGAGGAAUUUGUAGAGACCUGCCCAGGUGAACAUAAAGGAGUGAUUGAGUCCGUGGUGACCAUCGAGGAUGAUUUCAUCACCGUAGUGCAAACCACAACUGAUGAAGGAGAGUCAGGGUCCCACAGUGUGCGUUUUGCAGCCCUAGAACAGCACGAGGUGGAAAGGAGACCAUCCCCUCGUGAUGAAGAGGAGCUGGAAAUAGAAGUGGCAGCAGAAGCCCAGGCAGAACCUAAGGAUGGCUCCCCAGAGGCUCCAGCUUCCCCAGAGAGAGAAGAAAUCGGACUUUCAGAGUAUAAGACAGAAACCUACGACGAUUACAAAGACGAGACCACCAUCGAUGACUCCAUUAUGGAUGCUGACAGCCUCUGGGUGGAUACUCAAGAUGAUGAUAGAAGCAUCAUGACAGAACAGUUAGAAACUAUUCCUAAAGAGGAGAAAGCUGAAAAGGAAGCUCGGAGACCAUCUCUCGAGAAACAUAGAAAAGAAAAGCCUUUUAAAACUGGGAGAGGCAGAAUUUCCACUCCUGAAAGAAAAAUAGCUAAAAAGGAACCUAGCACAGUCUCCCGGGAUGAAGUGAGAAGGAAAAAAGCAGUUUAUAAGAAGGCUGAACUUGCUAAAAAAACAGAAGUUCAGGCCCACUCUCCCUCCAGGAAAUUCAUUUUAAAACCUGCUAUCAAAUAUACUAGACCAACUCAUCUCUCCUGUGUUAAGCGGAAAACGACAGCAGCCAGUGGUGAAUCAGCUCAGGCUCCCAGUGUUUUCAAACAGGCGAAGGACAAGGUCUCUAAUUCUACCUUGUCAAAGAUUCCUGCUUCACAGGGUAGCACAAAGUCCCCAAGAUACAGCUCAGCUUGCCCUAGCACGACCAAAAGGGCUACAUUUUCUGACAGUUUUUUAAUACAGCCCACCUCAGCAGGCUCCACAGACCGUUUGCCACACUCAGAAUCAGGGAACAAGGAUGGAGUAACCAAGAGCCCAGAAAAGCGCUCUUCUCUCCCGAGACCUUCCUCCAUUCUGCCUCCUCGCCGAGGAGUAUCAGGAGACAGAGAUGAGAAUUCCUUCUCUCUCAACAGUUCCAUCUCCUCUUCAGCGCGGCGGACCACUAGGUCAGAGCCAAUUCGCAGAGCAGGGAAAAGUGGCACCUCAACACCCACUACCCCUGGAUCAACUGCUAUCACUCCUGGCACCCCACCAAGCUACUCUUCACGCACCCCAGGCACUCCUGGAACCCCCAGCUACCCCAGAACUCCUCACACACCAGGAACCCCCAAGUCUGCCAUUCUGGUGCCCAGUGAGAAGAAAGUCGCCAUCAUUCGCACUCCUCCCAAAUCUCCUGCCACUCCCAAGCAGCUUCGGCUUAUUAACCAACCACUGCCAGACCUGAAGAAUGUCAAAUCCAAAAUCGGAUCAACAGACAACAUCAAAUACCAGCCUAAAGGGGGGCAGGUUAGGAUUUUAAACAAGAAGAUCGAUUUUAGCAAAGUUCAGUCAAGAUGUGGUUCCAAGGAUAACAUCAAACAUUCUGCUGGGGGCGGAAAUGUACAAAUUGUCACCAAGAAGAUAGACUUAAGCCAUGUGACAUCCAAAUGUGGCUCUUUGAAGAAUAUUCGCCACAGACCAGGUGGUGGACGUGUGAAAAUUGAGAGUGUAAAACUGGAUUUCAAAGAAAAAGCGCAAGCGAAAGUGGGAUCACUUGACAACGCCCACCAUGUACCUGGAGGUGGUAAUGUCAAGAUUGACAGCCAAAAGUUGAACUUCAGAGAGCACGCUAAGGCCCGCGUGGACCACGGGGCUGAGAUCAUUACGCAGUCCCCAGGAAGAUCCAGCGUGGCAUCACCCCGGCGACUCAGCAACGUCUCCUCAUCUGGAAGCAUCAACCUGCUCGAAUCUCCUCAGCUUGCCACUUUGGCUGAGGAUGUCACUGCUGCACUCGCUAAGCAGGGCUUAUGAAUACUUCUCAUCUAGCACUGGAGUCAUAAUAUUUAGGCAUGAGCUCUUGGCAGGAGUGGGCUCUGAGCAGGUGUUAUAUCCAUUCUUUACAAACCAUAAGAUAAAUAAUCUCAUCCCCAAACUGUAGUAAUUGUUACAAUUUUAUAAAAAAAAAUGAAUAGUAUAUGCAGAAAUUGACCUGAUUUCCAUUUGCAACAGGAACAUACUGGCUUUACAUGGGUUCAAUUGGACAGUUAUUAUCGCUCUGCUCUGUUUUGCAUGGAGUAUUAUUAUUAUUUUAAAAGUUGCAUUUUUACCUUUCAUGUGCCUGAAGGCUAUCCACUACAUUCUGAAAGGCCUUGUUAAAAAUCCAAGCUGCUCAUUUCAAUGUUCUGUUUCUGGGCGAAAAGAUAAAAACUGCCCAUUGUAACUUAUUUCAGGUUAAAUUAAAUCAAGAAGUCUGAUUGCAGGAAGGGAAGAGCAUGUAAGAAAUACGUUUUUUUAAAGUGUUAUUUUGUAUAAAUGGGAAGAAAGAUGCAAUUAAGUUAUUAACAUUUGGGACCUGGAUAAUUAUAUCAGAGUAUGUCAAUCCAAUAAAUUAUUUAACUAACUAAAAACUAGUUACAAAGCAUUUGGGCUGUGGUUGAGGAAGUGGUGUAAAAGUGCAUCUCUUAGGAAUGACGCACUUUCAUUAGGACGGACUCAUGUCUGAUUAGAAUGUCAGUUGAUUGGCUAGAUUUGUGUCCACACUACCAGUUUCACACUCCCUUUCCAUCUGUUUGAUACAGUAUUAUAGAUAUAAAUAUAUAUAUAUAUAUUUCUCUGUGGCCAUUUGUGAUACUUCCUCAUAUACUUGAAUAUUAUACUUCUUUAUUCACAGUAUCUGUGUCUCCUGCACCCUUUGGUGUUGCGAUUUUAGGUAUGUGAAAGUAGAUGUUAGCAGGGUUCUCUUCCCUAUUAAAAAAAAUACAUUAAAAAAGACAAAAAGUUUUAGCAUGAAGUUGCUUUCUGUAACAACUCAAAGCUGUAACCCUGUUUUAGUGCCAGAUACAAGUCUCUCCCGUGAUGCUAGAAAAAAUUAUUUUUCUUUGCUUUCACCAACCUGGAGUUUGUGGGGGUGGGUCCAGUUAUACAUAAAAGGGUUUACAGAUUGUUGGUUUAGAUUAUGGAUAUAUCUCAUUUUUAAUCACAGAAUAGUUUGGGUUUUAUUCCUAUAAUCAUUCAUGAAACCAACUUCUUAAGAUUUAUUUUUCUUUCUUUCUUUCUUCUUUCUUUUUUUUUUUUUUCAUUUGCUAAAGUUGAAACUAAGAGUGGUAAUUUGGGACAUGUGUUCCCAUUCUUUCAAAUAGUACCCGCUUAUUAAAUUCUCUGACAGGAGGUGUUUGGUUUCCUUACCCAAAAUAAAGAUCCCCUGAUCAGAAAGGAAAAAUAUUUUGAGGAGCUGUAGCUACGAAACAUUUGAGACACAGAUAUCUAACUCAGUUUUUUCCAGAACUCCGACAUUGUGCUCUGUAGAAGAACACAAUGUGACUUAGUAUUAUUUAUCGGUAGGUAACAUUGUCUUGAUUUUAUAUAUAGUCUAGAAAUCACAAGUGAAUUAAUUAGUCUACUUACAAAUCAUUCAUCUUAGACUGACGAAUAAGCAUUGAAAUAGUCCAUGGCCUGAAUAAGGCAAGGACUUAUUAUCCCAACUGGGAUGGACACUUUUUAGCAUUUUACAUGUUCUUUUUCUUGCUCAGGGCUGUAGGCUGGAUCUGAAUGGUUGAAAUAAAAUAUUCUUCUAGGUCUUUGAUCUCUAUAUGUCAAAUUAAUUCCUGAAUAUAAAGGUUGUGAUGAUGGGCGUGGACUAGACAACAAUGAGCAUCAUAGGCAAAAAGCCAAGGGAGGCAAAGACAGAGAGACACAGGUACCACUUUGUGACCUUUUGGACAUGGCAACCUGACAGUCCCAAGGGACACUGGGAACAAACCUCACCAUCCUUUCUGCACUAGGGUUUACACAGGCACACAUGUCUUAAACCAUUUAUAAAUCAGUUAUUUUUUUAAAAACUUAGAAAUCACUGAGUAGGUUUAUGGAUGUGUCUGUUUUCUGCCUAGUAAUUGCUGUGAGAUUUCAUCAAUCUGGGCAAUUUAUUCAUCAUGUUCCCUUGAAGUGCACCAGAAAAUAGGAGACGGAAUCGUUGUGUGGAGACCAAGGGUAUUUUCUUACAUGUUUUGAUACUGUUAGUUAGUGAUUAAAGUUCUCUAGAAAAAAAAAACAAGUUAACAGCUUGUUAGAAUAGUUUUAAUGUUGAAAACAAUUCUUUUCAAGCUAGUUCAAUGUUUUUUUUUAAUAAAAGUUAAGACAAAGUAAAUAUGAUUUAUAUAUUAAAAUUCAUUUUCUUAUAAAUACAUGUCCAAAAUGACAUAUGUCCAAAAUAAAAAUUCUACAAGAUUAAUAGAUUUGGCACUAAAACAAAUGUUUAUUUCUAAUCACAACAAAAUUGUAAUACAUCAAUGCCCUUGUUUUGUCUGAAAAUGUGAUUCUUUCUUUAUAAAGCUAACAAAAAGAGACUGAAAAUUUGUGCCAGCAAGAGAGAGAAGCACAGAGUGAAAAUGUCUUCUUAUGGGACAAUGGGGUGGAGCCCAUCUUGCCUUCACUCUUAAGAUAACGACUCAAAUUAAGCUUUUUGGACACCACUUUUGUGGGGACACAUACGCUGAUCUAGAAAUGAAAGCUGCUUAGUUCCAUUUCUAGAUCCUCUAAUGCCAGUUUCUCUCUGGCUUUAGCCUUUGAGAACCUGUUUAAGAAUACAUAAGUAAUCCAGAGUUCUAAAGAGUUAAAAGGCCAUCUUCUCCAAUGAACUCCCUCUCUCUGGGUCACCUGCAACUGAAAAUUGGAUACCUUGCAACAAUGCAGGAAUGAUCCGAGUUCAUGAUGAGCUUCCAAGGCCAUGUUCGUUUAGGAACCAACUCUCUCUGGAUUCACCUGCUGAGUUCCAGCAGGGUGAUGGGCUGAAGUCCCACCCAUAAGUAAGACACCUUUGUGAGUUAUGGCUGAAGAAGGCUGAAGCAACAGUAUCAUUAAACAGGAGAAUGUACAGAUCAUGCCCAGACUUCUCCAUACACACACAUAGAGUAAUACAGCAGAACUGGGACCAUCAGCCAAAAUAAAACAGCAUGUCAGCAUUAUCAAAGAAAUAAUCUAAAUGUUGAUUCUGACAUAGCUGUGAUUAUAGUUUUUCUUCUAUUUUUUAAUGCCAGAAGAAGGAAAGUAAACCAUUUGUGGUCUAAGAAACAAAGAUAAAGUAGAUUGACUUCUUCACAGUUUAGGAAGGCAAAUUCCAGGCAUUCCUUCAAAGACUGAUGUGCUAAAAUCAGCAGUGAUGUUUGUUUUUUCACACCUAGAAAUUUUAGCCUGGGUGUGUAGGUUUGAGGCCAAGUCCCUCAGCAGGAAAAAGACUAUUUUCAAACUCAAAACUGUCAAUCAUAAAAGUCCACUUCAACUUUAGCAAAAAGAAAAAAAAUCAACAAAAAGUAUACUUUGUAUGCUGGGAUUCCAAGGUUCCAAGGCACCACUACAAAUCUGUGGGGGGUUUCUUUCUUCUGAUAAUUCUAGAGCCUGUUACCAUAGAAAGGCAUUUCUUCAAUGGCUGGUUGUAGUUAGCUCAUGUUUUUCAAUCAAAUUUGCAAAUGUAUUUGUUGCUGUAUAGUGAUUGUUUUGCAAAAUAAAAUUGCUUGUCACCUAA